CGCUGAACCUUUGGAACCAAUGAGAAAACUGUGAUGCUUAUAAUUGAGAAAUCCGACAGAAUUUUCAAGAAAAAAUGAAAUUGUGAAUGCAUGGUGUGGCAGGCACCAGGCUGAGAAAUUAACCUUGAAAUUGGCCUAUAUUCUAGAGUAUCUAUGUGGCACUCUUGGAACCACUGAAAAAAAAAAUGCAUUUGAGUCAUGAUGUUGAUGGUGGUGAAGUUGGUGCAAGUGUGUGAAACAUCUUGGGCAAACUACAGUGUACACCUUGGACCUGUUCCGUGGCCUUCAUGCAACUCUUUGUUAAUAAUAAUGAAUGAAAAUGAAGGAUUCUUCUGGGUAUAAGUUUUCAGGUUUAAUUAGGUGACCCCAAAAAGCCCCUUCUCAGGUGAGGCACUAUCACAGGAUUAACUUCAAACACCUGAUAGACAAGGUUGUGUUUGUUUGCUGAAAGAGAUCAACAUAAAAAUUUCUGGUGUAUUGAUGACUCUUUUGUUUGUGCUAUAGAAUGGGUGAUGUUAGUUUGAGGCAAUGGUUAGAUAAUCCUCAACGAUCAGUGGAUUUCUGUGAAUGCUUCAACAUUUUUAGGCAAAUAGUUGAAAUUGUUCAUGUGGCUCAUUCUCAAGGAAAUGCUGUUCAUAAUGUGAGGCCCUCUUGCUUUGUGAUCAUGUCAUCAUCUUUCAGGCAUGCCUCUUCUAUGGAUCCAGCAACUUCUUCAGAUGCUGAGAUUAAAACUCCAACACUUACUCCUAGCUGUGAUAUGCAUCAGCAGAGAUGUUUAGGAAGUGAUGAUUUUGUGUCUGCAAGUACUUCAGCUUCUCUGUCAAGUGUGGUGUUUGUGCCACCUACAUCAUCAAUGGAAGACAUAGAAGGAAAGGGUGAAAAAGUUGCAGGAAAGAAGGAAUUGUUUGCAGUUAAACAAGAACUGGUGAUGGAGUUGAGUUGGUAUACUAGUCCCGAAGAGGUUGCUGGUGCUGUAAGUUCAUGUGCUUCAGACAUUUUUCAGCUAGGAGUUCUACUUUUUGAGCUAUUUUGUCCACACAGUUCAACUGAAGAAAAGAGCAGAACCAUGUCUAGCCUUAGACAGAGAGUUCUUCCUCCACAGUUACUUCUAAAGUGGCCUAAAGAAGCUUCAUUUUGCUUAUGGUUACUACAUCCUGAACCUAGUAGUCGUCCAACAAUAGGGGAUUUGUUGCAGAGUGAAUUUCUUAACGAACCAAGACAUGACAAAGAAGAGUUAACACUCAGAGAAAGGAUAUAUGACCAGGAUUUGUUGCUAGAGUUCCUUCUGUUAAUUCAGCAGAAAAGAGUGGAAGCUGCUGAGAACUUGCAACAUUCUAUUUCAUUUCUGUGUUCAGAUAUUGCACAAGUGACCAAGCAGAAAACUGAAUUCAUGGAGAUAUCUGGCACUGCAUUAGCGAGUGAUGAUUGUUCAACAUCAAGUUUCCCAUUCACUGCAGUUCUUGAUAAUGAUGAGGAUUCUACCAGUUCAAGGAACAGAAAACGAGUCAGAACUGACAUGAGUGUUGAUGACACUGCAGAAUGUGAUGAUCAGAAAAACGAUGAAAGUGUUCUUUCUAAAAGUCCACAGUUUUUGAAGAACUUCAAGAAACUAGAUUCUGCAUACUUUUUGACACGAUCAAAAUCAGCAUAUUCCACAGGGAAACAUGUGGUUGAACACACACCUAUGAGGGAAGGAAAAAGUCCUUGGACAAAUCCUUUCCUUGAGGGUUUGUGCAAGUACCUAUCUUUCAGUAGGUUAAAGGUUAAGGCUGACCUGAAACAAGGGGAUCUUUUGCAUUCUUCCAACCUGGUAUGCUCUCUCAGUUUUGAUCGCGAUGCAGAGUUUUUUGCCACUGCAGGAGUGAAUAAGAAGAUUAAAGUGUUUGAAUAUGACACAACAGUAAAUGAGGAUCUUGAUAUCCACUACCCAGUAGUGGAGAUGGUUAGCAGAUCAACAUUGAGUAGCACUUGCUGGAAUACUUACAUCAAAAGUCAAAUUGCUUCAAGUAACUUUGAAGGUGUUGUACAGCUCUGGGAUGUGGCAACAAGUCAAGUGCAGUCUGAGAUGAGGGAGCAUAAUCAAAGAGCAUGGUCUAUUGAUUUCUCUUCGGCAGAUCCCACAUUACUAGCAAGCGCAAGUGAUGACGGCUCUGUUAAGUUGUGGACUAUCAAUCAGGGUGUUAGUGUUGGUACGAUCAGAACAAAGGCAAAUGUGUGUUGUGUUCAGUUUGGCAUUGAUUUUGCUCAUUUCCUUGCAUUUGGUUCAGCAGAUCAUCAGAUAUAUUACUAUGAUCUUCGCAACAUGAAAGGGCCUCUUUGUACAUUAGUUGGACAUAAUAAGACAGUGAGCUACAUCAAGUUUGUAGACACCAUGAGCCUAGUCUCUGCAUCCACAGAUAACACUUUGAAGCUUUGGGAUUUGUCCGAUUCUUCCUCGCGGGUUAUAGAUUCACCGCUUCAAUCAUUCACUGGUCACAUGAAUAUUAAGAACUUCGUGGGGUUGUCUGUAUCAGACGGUUACAUUGCUACUGGUUCGGAGACAAACGAGGUGUUCAUUUAUCACAAGGCUUUCCCCAUGCCAGCAUUCUCCUUCAAAUUUUACAGCAGUGACCCUUUGUCUUUGGAUGAAGCGAAUGAUUCUUCUAAUUUCAUCACUUCGGUUUGUUGGCGUGGUCAGUCGACAACCUUAAUUGCUGCAAACUCCACAGGGAAUGUCAAAAUUCUACAGAUGGCUUAAGUUGGCAUUUUUUUGAAAAAAUAAUGAUAUUUUAAUCCAUUUUUUUUAACUCACUUUUAACCUA